AACCCGCCUCAUCUGAUGAAGGCACCAUACUGGACAUACCUUUUAUGUGCAUUAGGACUCUUCAUCUACCAGUCACUGGAUGCUAUUGAUGGGAAACAAGCCAGAAGAACAAAUUCUUGUUCUCCUUUAGGGGAACUUUUUGACCAUGGUUGUGACUCUCUUUCCACAGUUUUUAUGGCAGUUGGAGCUUCAAUUGCUGUUCGCUUAGGAACUCAUCCUGACUGGUUGUUUUUCUGCUCUUUUAUUGGGAUGUUCAUGUUUUAUUGUGCUCACUGGCAGACUUAUGUUUCAGGCAUGUUGAGGUUUGGAAAAGUGGAUGUAACUGAAAUUCAGAUAGCUUUAGUGAUCAUCUUUGUGUUGUCUACAUUUGGAGGAGCAACAAUGUGGGACUAUCCGAUACCCAUCCUAGAAAUAAAAUUGAAGAUCUUACCAGUUCUUGGAGUAGUAGGUGGAGCAAUAUUUUCCUGUUCAAAUUAUUUCCAUGUUAUCCUCCAUGGUGGUGUUGGCAAGAAUGGAUCCACGAUAGCAGGUACCAGUGUCUUAUCACCUGGACUCCACAUAGGAAUAAUUAUUAUACUGGCAAUAAUGAUUUAUAAAAAGUCAGCAACUAAUUUGUUUGAAAAGCAUCCUUGUCUUUAUACCCUAAUGUUUGGAUGUGUCUUUGCUAAAGUCUCACAGAAAUUGGUGAUAGCUCACAUGACCAAAAGUGAACUGUAUCUUCAAGACACUGUCUUUAUUGGCCCAGGUCUUUUAUUUUUAGACCAGUACUUUAAUAAUUUUGUAGACGAAUAUAUUGUUCUAUGGAUAGCAAUGGUCAUUUCUUCACUCGAUAUGAUGAGGUACUUUAGUGCUUUGUGCCUGCAAAUUUCAAGACACCUUCAUCUAAGUAUCUUCAAGACUUCAUGUCAUCAAGCACCUGAACAGGUUCAAGUUCUUCCUUCAAAGAGUCAUCAGAAUAACAUGGAUUGAAGAGACUUUCGGACACUUGCCAUCUCUUGCUGCUGCUGUUACAUGAAAGGAGAUAUUAAACACUGGUUUAAUUUUUAGAUAAGUGUUAAUACAUAUUUCACAAAUAAAAUAUUUCAAUGCUUACAUUAAUUCUUUUUCAGUUCUGAAUAACAACUUACAGUUUCCAUCAUAAUUUUUUUUUGCAACAAAGCCAUUUCUUUUUUAAGUUCAUUUUGUGCACCAGUAAGUAGAUUUUCAUGAUUCUUCUCCAAGUCCUCCAUACUCUAAAACACAAAAAGCUAGGUCAAUUACAAACCACCACUUUUCAUCUCAGUUUGAAAACUUACGCAGUUAAUUUUCAAAAGUAGGAACUUUUUAAUGUUCAACAAUGCACAUUAUUUAUCUCAAAUAAAAAUAUUCUAAUACCUGAAAACCAAAAUAUCCACUAAAGGAAUAGAAAACAUCAUCAUAAAUCAAAUAUUAUUAAAGGAGUUACAACAGUAGUGUACCUUCUCACUGGAAGAAACAAACAAAACAUAACAAAAUUUUAUAAAAGGAAUAGAAGCACAACUUGCUGUAGCUAUGUAGUAGAAAAUGGGGAUUAAUUCCAAUUUAGUUGCCAAAAGAGUAAGAUUGUAAAGGAAAGGGAAAAGGAGUUAAAAGUAUUCUAGGGCAAGCGCAUAAACAGCAGCAUGAAAGUGCAGAGUUCAGAGAAAGCAGUUAUGUGGAAGGGUGGAAGUAAAGGAUGGAUGUAGUAACUGAAGCAUAAAAAAAGGAUCGUAUUAUUGGGGGGUGGGGGUAAAUCUUGAAUACCUAAGAAUUCGUAAUGAGAAUCUACUGCAAGUUUUUCAGAAGGGAAAGAUAAUGUUUUCGGAAGAUAGUAUGGCAGACCCAUGAAGGAUGGGUUGGUAAACAGAAAAAUCAGUUAAAAGUUUCUAUAGUAUAAGCAAAGAAUAAUAAGAUUCUGAACGACGGCAGUAGCAGUGCUGAAGAAUAAGGGAAAUGGAGGCAUCAAAUAUAGUACUAAAGUUCCUACACCAAGUGAUAAUGGCCAGUGAUAGCAUUUAGCACUUAAAAUAUAAUGAAUUCAGAAUGGAAAAUAGUUAAGAAUUUAAAAUAUGUAAGCAAAAUGUUUUCCCCUUAAACUGAGAAAAAAAUUAUAUUCUACUUCCACAUAUAAACUAUAUUUUGUAAGAAUGUGUUAUGUUACCAAAUACAACAGACCUUUAUGAACUGCUCACAUAAUUGUCUAAUUGUUUUCAGUCUCUGGCUCUGAACAAUUCUAGACUGUUGGAAAACCUUUUGUUGCUGUCGAAACAGAUUCUACAAAUGUAAAAGAAAAAAUUAUGUAAUAACUAUUUGGGUAAAAUUUAGGAAAAAAUAAUUCUAUGUUAAAAGGAAUAGUUUUUAAAUCAGUAUUUUUAAGAUUUUAUCUUAACAUUUACUAUGAGUUUAGAUAAUGUGUUCACCACUUACAUACGAUAAUAUAAUAAUCCAGCUAGUCACUGAAUAGGAAAUCUCAACAGUGCUCAAAACAUGUCUUAAUUCUUCUUCCUUUCUAUGUCAACACAGAUGAUCCUUCAAAUAUUGCUGAUCUUUCAGUUUCUUGGCCUGUUUUCAACCAAUGGUUUUUGCCCUUCACCCUACUUUAUCUAUUACAUACAUAAUCAUAACCUAGAUUUUGUCAUUACCAAUAACUAUAACCUCUACAUUAAUAUUAAUAAUAGCAAACUUCAUAUUAACAAAGUGUUAGGUAGGAAGCAAACACCAACAGCUUUUAUAUAUGGUAUGUGCCUGUACUUGUGGUUUACCAUUCACCAGAACCAAACUCACAGCCAGCAGUAGGUAAUGGAACCUGGCUGAGUUCCAUGGGUGUACUACAAGGCCAGGCUCUCCACUUCUGCUUGAAACUUGGUUAUAAUAGAUUAAUUAUAAAACUAAAAAGCUAAGCAUAAUACUAACAGCAAGUUUUUCUUCUUGUUCCUCAGCUUUCUGCAUAUCCAUAUCCCACUGCUGGAACAAAGUCAGAAACUGCUGAGAAUAUUCUUGGUUAAGCUUCUGCCUGUAAAACAUAUUAUUAUAUUUCAUAUCAAUGUGGAGCAACUAUCAAAACAAAAUUGAUGUGAUGUAAUUAUGCUAUAGUAAAAGAGAAAGUAUCAAAUUUCCAGAUGUGAAAUCAAGAAGUAAAAGUAUGACUCAUGUUGAUUGCAGAAAUAUUUAUUUUCCUAACCAACUAACAGAAAAACCCUCAAAAUCCUCUCAUGCACUUUAGUUCUUGAAAACUAGUGGAGUUUUAUUAUACAUAUACAUUUUCCAGAAAGGUCCAUUUUAUCUCCAAGCAAUUUACUUUUUCAUCUUCUGCUACUGAAUAUAGGUUAUGAUAUGAUAGAUUCACCGAAGUUACUACAGAAAAUUUUCAAAUAGAAAUAUUUCACUUAAUUUUUCCCCAUUUUGGUACAGUGAUUUUGUACAAAAGAACAGUUAAUUCAGCUAAAAUAUACAAAUUGUUUAUAAUAUAUAAGGUUGAUCAUUUUAUACAUUGUUAAAUAGUUAACUGUUAUAAGACCAGUGGUUUAUAGGACACUGACUUUUUAUUCAGCUAGCAUACUUUUAAAAUGAAAAUAAAUUCCUUUUAUUGUU